GUGAAUUGGAAUUUUUGCAUUAAAAAUUGUACAGUUGGAGGGAGAUCUCUUUGAAAUUGGUGUGUGAUCAUGGAGUCGUAUAUCUGGAGCAGCAAUUCCAAGCCAGACGCUUCGCAUUUCCUCGUUGCGCUUUAUUUCGCCCUUUGUUUCUCUGUCGCCAGGUUCUUGCUCGACAAGUUCAUUUUUCGCAGGUUGUCUGUCUGGUUAUUGAGUAAUGGAUCUGCUCCUUUGAGGAAGAAUAUUGAGGCUACACAGGCAAUAAUUGCAAAAUGCUCAGAAUCUAUGUGGAAGCUGACAUACUUUGCUACUGUUGAAACAUGGAUCCUCAAAAUCACCUACUAUGAGCCAUGGUUCAGAGAUGUAAAAGGGUACUUUAGGGACUGGCCAAAUCAAGAGUUGAAGUGAGUAACCUAUAUUCCUGAAAUCCAACUGUUGUGUUUAUCAAUCUCAUAUCUUGUGCUAGUAUGCAAUGUAAUUCACCUCUUUUUCAGGUUAUAGUUGCCUUUGUCAUUAACUGACAGAAAGUUAAUGUUCCUCUUCAGUUCUAGUGCUCUACGUUUCUUAUGUCUAAAUUGGCAUUGCAUGAAAGGCUCCUCUUGUUUAUGAUUAU